GAGAGUCGCAGUGGUGGUGGCGGCAACAAGUGCUGGAGACAAGCGGUGCCGGUGACUUCCCCGCCGCCGACAUCCCCGGGCCGCCCGUCGCGGAGCAACGUAUGGAGCGGGAGCGGCGGCGGUCGCCGGGCUGAGCCGCGCCGAGCGGCCGGGACGUGGAUGCGGCCGGGAUCUCCCGCCCCCGCCCCGCUGAGCAGGAGCUGCUCCCGGACAAGGGAUCCGGACCAGUGCUGUGAAUGUGCCUGAUGCGUAUUCUGUUCUUAACAUACUGGUGUUUCUAGGACUUUCAGAAUUGGAGGAGACCUUUUAGGAUCAUCCCAUUCCAUGGUUCCCACUCUAGUCUCCCUGAAUGAAAUACUAAAAUUGCAUGGACUGCAUAUUGGGAAACAAAAUGAGAUAUGAGAAAUGAGUGUUGGACGUCGAAGAAUAAAAUUGUUGGGUAUCCUGAUGAUGGUUAAUGUCUUCAUUUAUUUGAUCGUGGAAGUCUCCAAAAGUAGCAGCCAGGAAAAAAAUGGAAAGGGCGAAGUAAUAAUUCCCAAAGAAAAGUUCUGGAAGAUCUCGGACCCCCCUGUGGCCUACUGGAACAGAGAGCAAGAAAAGCUGAACAGGCUGUACAAUCCCAUCUUGAACACAUUGGCCAACCAGACAGGGGACGUGUACGGGUUUUCCAACAUAAGCCAUCUAAAUUUUUGUGAACCUGACCUCAGGGUCAUGUCAGUAGUUUCAGGUUUCAGCAAUUUGCCAGACAGAUUUAAAGACUUUCUGCUGUAUUUGAGAUGUCGAAAUUAUUCACUACUUAUAGAUCAAACAGAUAAAUGUGCAAAGAAACCCUUCUUAUUACUGGCGAUAAAGUCCCUCAUCCCACAUUUUGCUAGAAGGCAAGCAAUUCGGGAAUCUUGGGGCAGAGAAACCAAUGUGGGGAACCAAACGGUAGUGAGAGUCUUCUUACUGGGUCAGACCCCGCCGGAGGACAACCACCCAGACCUGUCUGACAUGCUGAAAUUUGAGAGCGAGAAGCACCAAGACAUUCUUAUGUGGAACUACAGAGACACUUUCUUCAACCUGUCCUUGAAAGAAGUGCUCUUUCUCAGGUGGGUGAGCACUUCUUGCCCAAAUGCUGAGUUUGUUUUUAAAGGCGACGACGAUGUUUUUGUGAACACCCAUCACAUCCUGAAUUACUUGAAUAGCUUACCCAAGAACAAAGCCAAAGAUUUGUUUAUAGGUGAUGUGAUCCACAAUGCUGGACCUCAUCGGGAUAAGAAACUGAAGUACUACAUCCCAGAAGUUGUUUACACUGGCGUCUAUCCGCCUUAUGCUGGGGGAGGCGGCUUCCUUUACUCUGGCCACCUGGCCCUGAGGCUGUACAAUAUAACUGACCAGGUCCUUCUCUACCCCAUUGAUGAUGUUUAUACUGGAAUGUGCCUUCAGAAGCUCGGCCUCGUUCCAGAGAAACAUAAAGGCUUCAAGACAUUUGAUAUAGAAGAGAAAAACAAGAAUAACAUUUGUUCCUAUGUAGAUUUGAUGUUAGUACAUAGUAGAAAACCUCAAGAGAUGAUUGAUAUUUGGUCUCGGUUGCAAAAUGCUCACUUAAAUUGCUGAAAUAUAUACAAACUAAAUUUUGCCUAGAAAGACCUAUCUUGAAUAGUUCCCAUGUUGUGUUCUUUCACAUUAGGGGUAACUUCUAUGUUAAACCAUCAAAAUUGCCUUUAUUAGUAGUAUCCAUUUGAGGGCCUCUCAGCCCUCCAGUGUGGUACUUUCUGAAGAGGGAAAGCAGAUUAUAAUUUUUUUUAUGGAGGAUGUGGUGGGACGAUUGGUUCUGAUCUUUCCUAUGGCUAAUGUCCAUUAUUUUCUAAUUUGCCUCCCUUCUCAUCUGAAAUCAUAAGCUUCUGGAAUUUGACCAUUUUAGGUUAUUUAUUUUUUACCCUCAUAUGAUCAUAUCCCAACUUUCCAUUAUAAUGAGUGAAUUAUCUGCAAUUUAGGUGUUUAUAAACAAACAUCUUGGCUACAAAGACUUUGUUGUAUGUGAUCUAGUGGUUUUUGUUGACUGGAACUCCAUUUAUUUUCAUGAAAUUUGGAUGAAUUUUUUAAAUUGCCUAGAAAAAUUAACCUCUGUCAAAAUUUUCCACCACCCCAACAGUAUUUUCUUGUGUUAAGGUCAGUUAAUUUUGAAGAAUUAGAAUCACUGUGUGACAUUUAUCCGCUUUACCUUGUUAUGGUCUUAGGGCCAUAAUAAGGAGAAAGUUUAACUGUUCUUGUAUUUGUUUUGAUGGGUGGUAUCAUGAUAGUUCUCAGAUUUUAGUGUUUGACGGUAAUGAGUAUGAUUCUGUAACGGUCAACUGAAAAUUGAAUGGACCCUAGCGACCAUAUUGUGCUUAUGAUUUUUCAGUGUGGACCAGGAAAGCGUAUGUCAUUUCUGAACUUUAAGUGAAAAGAUGGAAACUGCAGACCUUCUCAUGAGUGGAUUGUCAGUUUAAAACUCCAGGAUUCUAUUCUUGCCAUAUUUUCACAUGCCGCUUACACAAAAUUAUUCUGAGUAGUGACUGCUUCCCUGUCUCAGUGUAGAAGUGCCUGUGUUUUUAUUUAUUGUUCAGAUCAAAGACCAAAACAUUUUCUUAAAUAUAUUUUGUGUAAUAUUUUAUUUGUAUACAGUGUUGUUGAUGAAAUAUUUAACUAGAGCAUGGUAUUUUAAGUGUUAAGGUGUAACGUGUUAAAUAAAGCUAACUGUUACUUUUGAAUUUUAAAACUUGGCUUUUUUGUGGGGGGGGGUGGUUACAAACUACUAGAGUUGAUAAACUUCUGCCAAACUGUUGCUUACAUAUACUAUCUUGUAACAUGCUUUAUUGAAAUAUUUUUGUGUUUAUAGAGAUGAUGCUUAUUACAUGUGAUACUGGAGACUGUAAGAAGAUGGAAAUAAAGUCACUGUAUUUUUAAUUUUCAUGUGUAAUGUGUAAUAA